UCCCCCGGAAAUUGAGGGUAAGAAAAAGGGCAGAUUUGUAAUUCGAAAAUCAUAACAGUCAAAGCUCCGAGGCGCGGUUCCGACCGGAUCAACAGCUCGGUGAAUCGUCCAGACUCCAAACCCGCCCUCCCUCUCUCCCGCUCUUCUUCAAUAAACAGUUACGGAGAUACAGAGUGAAACGAGAAAGUGAAACAAGCUGGAGUGAUCAGGCAGAGAGUGAGAUCGAGAAAACUGAGAUCAAAAUGGCGAUCCCUGAAACGGAACGCCAUCGGGGCAGGGCUCGACCGGCGGUUGUAGCUAGGGUUCCGUUGAGGCGCUUGCUGCGAGUGGCUUCCGUGGCGUGUGGGAUUCAGUUUGGGUGGGCCUUGCAGCUAUCUCUCCUCACUCCCUACGUGCAGGAGCUUGGUAUCCCUCACGCCUGGGCCAGCAUCAUAUGGCUGUGCGGCCCGCUCUCGGGCCUCCUCGUCCAGCCCCUUGUCGGCCACAUGAGCGAUCGAUGCACCAGCCGCUUCGGCCGUCGUCGGCCAUUUAUAUUCUCCGGGGCAGUGUUGAUCGCGGUCUCCGUCCUGAUCAUCGGACACUCGGCAGACAUCGGGUGGUUUCUAGGUGAUCGAGGCAACGUCAGGCCGAGAGCCGUGGGUGCUUUCGUGUUCGGAUUUUGGAUUCUGGAUGUGGCCAAUAACAUGACUCAGGGUCCUUGUAGAGCUCUGCUUGCUGAUCUCACUGGAAAGGAUCAUCGAAGGACUCGAGUGGCAAAUGCGUAUUUCUCUCUAUUUAUGGCUGUUGGUAAUGUUCUUGGCUUUGCCACUGGAUCAUACAAUGGCUGGUUCAAGAUUUUUCCAUUUACUUAUACAUCUGCAUGCAAUGCUAAUUGCGCAAAUCUCAAGUCUGCUUUUUUUAUUGACAUUGUAUUCAUUGCAAUUACCACGUAUAUAAGCAUAUCAGCUGCUCAGGAAGUGCCACUAGUUUCAAGUGACAGAUCCACCCCCAUUGUUGAAGAUGGGCCAGGAACGUCAGGUCAUGCUGAAGAAGCUUUCCUCUGGGAACUUUUUGGGACUUUUAGAUAUUUUUCGGGGCCUAUAUGGGUAAUCCUGCUUGUUACUGCUUUGAACUGGAUUGGAUGGUUUCCAUUUCUUCUUUUUGACACUGAUUGGAUGGGUCGAGAGAUUUAUGGUGGUGAGCCUAAUGAAGGGCCGAAUUAUAGUACUGGAGUUAGAAUGGGUGCACUUGGUCUGAUGCUGAAUUCAGUUAUUCUAGGAAUAACUUCGGUGCUCAUGGAGAAGCUGUGUAGGAAAUGGGGGGCUGGCUUUAUAUGGGGGAUUUCAAAUAUCCUCAUGGCUCUCUGCUUUAUUGCAAUGCUAGUACUUACCUUUGUGGCAAAGAGUGUUCACACUGAAGGCCAUGCUCUUCCUCCAGAUGGCAUUGUGAUUACUGCACUGCUGAUUUUUGCAAUUCUUGGCCUUCCUUUGGCGGUCACUUACAGCGUUCCGUAUGCCUUGAUAUCCACACGCAUUGAGUCUUUGGGACUUGGCCAAGGAUUAUCAAUGGGUGUCCUGAAUCUGGCAAUAGUGAUCCCACAGGUGGUGGUGUCCCUGGGAAGUGGACCAUGGGAUCAGCUAUUUGGUGGUGGAAAUUCUCCAGCCUUUGCUGUGGCAGCACUUGCAGCCUUUGCUAGUGGACUUACAGCCAUCUUAGCUAUUCCGCGAUCUGGUCCUCAGAAGCCCAGAGGCCUCACAUGAGUAGUGAGAAAGUCUGGACUGAAGGCGUGGAUCUCCAUUUACAAUGGGCAAUGGUGGACGUUCUACAUAAAUAAUUAACGAUGGAAAAUAGUCAUUUUUGAAGCACUAGGUUUUCAGACAUGCUUGAAAGCUGUCACCAAAUGCUGUGUGAGACAGGUUAUCUACAAUUAGUGGAGAAUUUCUUCUACAAAAAUGGAUUCCAACAUGGGAAAAUGUUGCUUUAUGGCUAAUUGCCUUGGAAAAGUAGGUGAAGCCUCAGCUCUGGAUU